UUUGAAAGAGUGAUUAUUCAAGCCUGCGCUCAAGGGGCAUCAAGUAAUAAACAGCCCCCACAGCUUCAAACUAAGUGCCUUUCUUUCUUUUUUUGACUUUCUUUCAAGGGAAAGAAAGGGGAGAAAGAUUUUAUGCUUUUUUUAUUAUAAAAUAAAUAAAAAAACAAUGGCGAACAACGUUGCUGUUAUUGGUAUUUGUUCGGUGUUCUUGGUAGCAGUGGUGGUGGCAGUAGUGGUGGGUGUGACACAGACACAAACAAAAGAGGAGAGUGAUUCAAAGAGCAAUAACAUAUCGAGUUCAAAUAAAGCGGUGCAGGCGGUUUGUCAACCCACACAUUUCAAAGAUGCUUGCGAGAAGAGCCUUGCGUCAUCUAAUUCCACCGACACUAAGGAGUUGAUAAGGACGAGUUUCCAAGCAGCGAUAGAGGAAGUAAGGAAAGUGUUGGCGAAUUCAACGACGAUACAAGACUUAAAUAAAGAUGACAACAACAGAGAGGCGCUUAAGGUUUGUCAAGAAGUGUUGGAUUUAUCGAUUGAUGACUUGCAAUUGUCGUUUGAUAAGAUGGGGGAAUACGAUAUGAGUAAGAUCGAUGAUUACUUACUGAACCUGAGAGUGUGGUUAAGCGGUGCCUUAACUACCCAACAAACAUGUGUAGACACAUUCGCGGAGGUAAGUAAUGAACAAGCGGAGAAGAUGAAAUUAGUGCUGAAGACUUCCAUGGAGCUUACCGCUAAUGCUUUAACCAUGGUCACUAAGUUAUCCACCGUCCUGAAAGACCUUAACAUUCCAGGCCUCGAAGGCAUCGACACGACUGGGUUUGAACGUAAGCUCUUGUCUAAUGAUGGACCUGAGUGGAUGGGCCAUGCUGAGAGGAAACUACUUCAGGCACCGAUUAUUAAGCCUGAUGUUGUGGUUGCUAAGGAUGGUAGUGGGAAAUAUGACACCAUCACCAAGGCCUUGGAAGAAGUCCCUAAGAAAAGUCCCAAUCGAUUUGUUAUUCACAUUAAGGCUGGUAUUUACAAGGAAAAAAUCAAUGUGACCAAACAAAUGACUAAUGUUAUGUUCAUCGGUGAUGGCCCAACCAAGACCAUUAUCACCAAUGACUUUAACUGCAUUAUGAAUCAUCCGCUUAAAACAUUUCAAACUGCAACUGUUGGUGUAGAUGGGGUCGGUUUCAUGGCCAAGGACAUUGGAUUCGAGAACACAGCAGGACCCGAAGGUCAUCAAGCAGUGGCCUUUAGGGCAACUAGUAAUAAAGUCAUCAUGUUCAACUGCCAUUUCAUUGGGUACCAAGACACCCUUUACCCUCACAAAGGGCAACAAUUUUAUAGAGAUUGUGUCAUCAGUGGGACGGUGGACUUCAUCUUUGGGGAUUCGGCGAGCGUGUUCCAGAAUUGUUUGAUCAUUGUGAGGAAGCCAGGUGAGAACCAACACAACAUGAUUACAGCACCUGGAAGGCAAUAUAUAGACACUGACUCAGCCCUUGUAUUUCAAAACUGUACCAUCACGGGUGCCCCUGAUUACCUUCCGGUGAAGGACAAGAGUAAGACGUACCUUGGUCGUCCUUGGAAACCCUUGGCGAGAGCCAUCAUAAUGCAAUCUACAAUCGAAGACAUCAUUACACCAGAGGGUUAUGCCCCCAUGGACGGCACCAAAGGAUUGGACACCGCCUACUUUGCUGAGUUUGAAAACAAGGGACCUGGUGCCAAAACUGAAGGUAGGGUCACAUGGCCAGCUAUCAAGAAAAUUGAUACAAAUGAAGCCAAGAAAUGGACCCCUGGCGUCUUUCUUGGAUCUGACCAAUGGGUUCCACAAGCCGGCAUUCCUUAUUAUCCUGACAUGGUCCCUGUAGUGUAAACUUCCAAAACCAUCGCCAUUAGUCUUUUAUUAUUAUUAUUAUUAUUAUUAUUAUUAUAUAUCCUUCUCCGAUUCGAGAAUAAAAGGAAAAAUUCAUCAUUAUUAUGGAAGUUGCAAUCAGUAAUUAUUUUCUUAUUAUAGAAUUAAAAGUAAUAAUAUGUUAUUAGAGAUAGAUACAAA